CUUAGUUCUUACAACAGUAAUACUUUAAGUUGGCCCAAUAAAGAGGAAUUAAAUGAAUUAAAUGAGUUAAAUGAAUUAAAUAUAUCUAAUAUAUCAGAAAAUGUAUAUAACCUAGAUUCUGAAUCAG